CGGGAAGAGAGAACGGGAGGAGGGAGCUGGGUGCGGAGGCCCCACCUUUCAUUCCUGCGCUGCUGCACCGGCUGGGGCGGGGUGAGUCACUGGCUGGCUCUGCUGUUCCCCCUCCCAUAGUGAGGGAUUCGGACCUCUCUGGGGAAAAACUGAGGUGCCUGCUCGUUCUGUCCUUGGCAGGGUGUUGGAGUCCUGGGUCUGCCGGGUCUGGCCUCUGGGGCCACGACUGGCUUUCCCUGAUGUAUGGUAAGAGCCCUGUGCGUGUGCUUCCACUUCUCCUGGGCUUACAGCUCACAGCCCUUUGUCCUACAAAAGCGGUGGAAAUUUACACCUCCGGGGCCCUGGAGGCAGUCAAUGGAACAGACGUUCGGUUAAAAUGCACUUUCUCCAGCUUUGCCCCUGUGGGUGAUGCCCUGACAGUGACGUGGAACUUCCGGCCUCGAGAUGGGGGGCGUGAGCAGUUUGUAUUCUACUACCACGUGGAUCCCUUCAGACCCAUGAGUGGACGGUUCAAGGACCGGGUGGUCUGGGAUGGCAACCCUGAGCGGUACGACGUCUCCAUCAUCCUCUGGAAGCUGCAGUUCGACGACAAUGGGACAUAUACCUGCCAGGUGAAGAACCCACCUGACGUUGACGGUCUGGUGGGGUCCAUCCGGCUCAGCGUGGUGCAUACUGUGCCCUUCUCUGAGAUCUUCUUCCUGGCUGUGGCCAUUGGUUCUGCCUGUGCCGUGAUGAUCAUAAUAGUAAUCGUGGUGGUCCUCUUCCAGCACUUCCGGAAAAAGCGAUGGGCGAAAAGGGCUGAUAAAGAUGAGGGGAUAAAAUCAAAAGAAGAGGAAAAACUCAAAGAAGAGACUCACAAGGUCUCCAUUUAUUUGGAAGAUACAGACUAACACUGUGAGGAGGCUGAGGAUUUUCAAGGACAACAUUAGUACCCCUUGAAGUCAAUGGAAACUUCGCCAGUGAUGACCUGUCACCCUACAAGCUCUGCAGCACAAACCUGCCUAGUUGAGCAACGCUCCUGCCGAGCAAUUUAGGAUUCAUCCUGAGCAAACGCCACUAGACUCAUGUGUACCUUCAUUACUAGGGUCUUACCUAAUUCCAGAGUGCAAAUGUGUAUCCGCUUCUGUGAACUGGAAGCUACAUUUUUGUCUUUCCACAUGCCUUAUGGGGUAUGACUCCUGAACUCCUAUGUGUAUGGGCAUCAAAGGACAGAAAAAUCAGCUGGCCUGCCUUCCAGGAUAUUUCUUCUCACAUUUUAGUUUCUUUAGAACAAUACAGAGGUAUGCUAAGGGGUCUAGUGAGAUGGCUGAACCUUUAGGAGCACUUGUGGCUCUUACAGGGGACUCCAGUUCUGUUCUUAGCAUUCACAUGGUGGCUCACAACCACCAGUAAUUCCAGUUCUAGGGGGUGUGACACUCUCUUCUAGUGUCUACAGGUACUUCAUGCUCAUGGCACAUGUACAUACAUGCAGGCAAAAACCCCAUACGUAAAAUAAAAAUAAAUAAAAUCAUAAAAUGAUGAGCUAAACCUCCCAGCCAUUUUUGAUUAACAGCAAAACCCAAACUCACACUGGAUGUCUGUUUUUCAUGGCUGUCCUUAAGUAAUAGACACAUCUUGUUUAACUGAAUUUUUUCAGUAUGCUAGGUUUAUUGAACAAUUAAUCCCAGGUUUAUAGGUGACAGUGUAAGUCUAAGCACAGUAACUACAAAAGGUCAUGAGGACACCAGUAAACCAGCAAAUGUUACCAGGAAGAAUCACUCAUCAUCAUUUUUAUAUUUAUCUGUUUUUAGGCAAGUUCUUACUAUGUGUCACUGGUUGGUCUAGAACUAGUUAUGUAGAGCUGGUCUUAGAGUCAGAGAGCCCUCCCUCAGCUUUCAAGAGCUGGGAUUGAAGAUGGAUCUCCAUAUCCAGCCGCACAGCAGGUUUGUACUGGGAACAGACAGCUCCACUUACUUCCUGUGUCUGCCUCUCUCAGCGGAACCCAUGCUCCCAUGCUCUUUGCAGACUGGAGUCCUAAGCAGUUAAUUAGAAGACUUUGUGAUAUCAUUGUAUUAUAACUUAAAAAAAAUUAGACUUGUGAAGAAGGCCAACCCAAAGCAAAUGACCAUUCUGUAGUCUAACACAAGUGUGAGAACUGGACGAGAUUAUUUAAAGUUCUUUUGGUUUUAAUUCACCUUAUUUUAAAGAGAAUUUGGCAGGGACCAAAGAAAUACCAAAACUACUUAAAUGUAAUGAACCAAUUUAAUUUUCCCCCUUAUUUUAGUAUAAAGCAAACUUUUUAAAUGGGCUAUGGGAAAAAGGGGGAUGGAUUUCUCCUCUGCAUCUAGUUACUUGGUGUGUGCACACAGUCACAACAGCAUUGUUCGGAGAACACAGAACAUUUAAAAGUUUAGGCCUGGGUGAAUCUUUACAAUGUGAUGUUUUAGUCCUCAUUAGGCUGGGCCACACAGAUUAUUUCUUUUAACAAACUGGAAUUUCCAAUAGAUUGUAUUCCUAGAUACAGGGCCUUGACAUUUUACCUAGUCUUUAAAGCAAAUUGGCACAAUUUACAUUUGAAUCUUGGUCCUUGAAAUUCAUUCCAUUUCUCUCAUUCUGCUUUUUAUAUUGCCUUUAAAAGUUUUUGUUCUCUCUCUCUCUCUCUCUCUCUCUCUCUCUCUCUCUCUCUCUCUCUCUCUCUCUCUCUCUCUCUCUCUCUGUUAAUUAAGACAGGAUCUGUUCUGUUUGUAACCUUGGCUCUUCUGGAACUGACUCAGCAGACCAAACUGACCUUGAACUCAUAGAGAUCCCACUGCCUCUGCCUCUCUAGUGCUGGGGUUUAAGGUGUGAGCUACCAUCCUGGCCUAAAAACUUUCUGAAGCCACAAGUUAGACCUGUAUUGUCUCCUGCUCUUCAUAAUUCGCCAUUGUGACUAUAACAACUGGAUAUUUCUUUAAAUGAUGCCUCAUGUAUGUUUUAUAUAUGUAACAAAGUGGUUAAAAACUUCUCCAGCAAGCUUGCAAUGUGUGUCUUAUCUAAAUACUCGUGGGGCAUCACCGCCUUGUUCAAUGUCUCCUUCCUAAGAGCACUUUUGUACUGUAACUUAUUUUUUAUUAUGCUUGAAGCAUUGUGUAAAUAAACCCUUAGUAAUAAAGAA